AUGAACAGGCCAGGAGAUUGGAACUGCAGGUCAUGCAACCAUCUCAAUUUCCAAAGGAGGGACUCAUGCCAGAGGUGUGGAGAGCCAAGGCCCGGCGAGAGAGGUGGUACUGACUUUGGAAGCAGCUUUGGUGGCGGAAGAGGUGGUGGUGUUGGUGGUUCGUUCGGGUUCACUACCGGCCCGGAUGUCAGGCCCGGUGACUGGUAUUGCAACGUUGGCAACUGUGGAGCUCAUAACUUCGCCAGCCGCUCCAGCUGCUUUAAGUGUGGUGCGUCCAAGGAUGAGUCCUCUAGUGGAGGUGGUGGCUUUGACGGUGACAUGCCUAGGUCACUUAGAGGCGGUUUUGGAUUUGGCGGCAGUGGUAGUGGCAGCAGCUCUGGCCGCUCUGGAUGGAAAUCCGGUGACUGGAUUUGCACAAGGUUAGGUUGCAAUGAGCACAACUUCGCAAGCAGGACAGAAUGUUUCAGAUGCAAUGCUCCAAGGGAAUCUAGUGCUGGCAGUGCUGCACUUUUCUGAAGGAACUGAGAAAAAGAACAUUCGCUAAUGACAAUGGCUACUCCUUUGGGGCCAGAGAGAGAUAGAGAGACAUCACCCUCUUGUCCCUCUACUAUUUUUAAUUAUUUUUUUUUUUUUCUUUACCUUUUCUAGUUUCUAGGUUUAUUAUCUUUGCUAGCAAGGGAGCUUAAAUUUGAAAUGUGGCUACUGAUGAUCACGAAGAACGUACUCAACAAAGCUUAAUCGUAUUAUAUAUGAACUAUAGCCUGGCAUGUAGCUUUGUAUGUACGUACGUCGUACUAUUAAUCAUAAUUAAUCUCAGUGUUUUGUUU